CCAGGGGCCCCCACCUCACUCCUCCCUUCCCUGAACAGGGCUCUGGCUCUGGCUUUCUGAUAUUGCCUCAUUUCUUGGGAGAGGAGGACACAGCUGAACCCUGACUCCAGUUCCGGCGGAGAACCGCAAACCAUGGCCCUGGUGCUGAUCCUCCAUCUGCUGACCCUCUGGCCACAGUGUCAUGCCAAAAUUCCUCCAUCUGUUCCCCCAGCUUUAUACCCCAAGCCAUGGCUGGGGGCUCAGCCAGCUGCAGUCGUGACCCCUGGGGUCAAUGUGACCUUGAGGUGCCGGGCACCUCAGCCCGCCUGGAGAUUUGCACUCUUCAAGCUUGGAGAGAUUGCCCCCAUGCUCUUUCGGGAUGUGUCCUCGGAACUGGCAGAGUUCUUCCUGGAGGAGGUGACUCCAGCCCAGAGAGGCAGUUACUGCUGCUGCUACCGGAGGCCAGACUGGGGGCCAGGUGUCUGGUCUCAGCCCAGCGAUGCCCUAGAACUGCUGGUGACAGACCAGUUGCCGCGGCCGUCGCUGGUGGCGUUGCCUGGGCCGGUGGUGGCGACCGGCGCCAACGUGAGCCUGCGCUGCGCCGGCCGCGUGGGGGGCAUGAGCUUCGCGCUGUACCGGGUGGGCUUGGCGGCUCCACUGCAGUACCGCGACUCCGCGCAGCGCUGGGUCGACUUCCCGCUGCUCGGCGCCCGCGCUCCCGGCACCUACAGCUGCUACUACCACACGCCCUCCGCCCCCUAUGUGCUGUCGCAGCGCAGCGAGCCGCUGGUCAUAAGCUCCGAAGACUCCGCCUCCUUGGACUAUACGCGGGGGAAUCUCGUCCGCCUGGGGCUGGCCGGCCUGGUCCUCAUCUCCCUGGGAGCGCUGAUCACUUUGGACUGGCGCAGCUGGAGCCGUGCCCCUGGUGGCGUCUGGCCCCAGGACACCUGGAUGUAGACACCUGCAACGUGAGAAGACCUUCCGGAGAGGGACGGAGGAGAAGCUGGGGUCCCUGGGGUUGGACUGGCCCUUCCCAGAGCCCUCCAGCCCUCCAGGCUUUGCCGUGCGCUGUAGCUUCCCUCUGGAUCUUCUCAGGACUCCGGUUGAGUGGAAGGUUCUCUCAGUGGUUAAGGUUUCCAAGCCAGAAGACCUGGAUUGGAAUCCCAGUGCUGGCAUUCACUCACUGGGACAUUCACAAAGUGACCUUCCUCAAACCUCGGUUUCCUUCAUUAUAAAAUGGGCUCACUGAUAAUACUCACUCCAUAGGAUUGUUGUAGAAUGAAAUGGAUAAUACCCAAAGAGUGUUUUAAAAGUGACUGUCCCGUAGUAAAUGCUCACUAAAUGUUAGCUACUGUGUAACAGCGAUUUCUACCAGACUCGCGGGAUUCAAAAGAAGUUCACACUUUUUC